AUGUCCGAGAUAUUCUCAAGAAUUGGACUGGGACUGAGUUUCUUUGGGUCCGCGGUGCGGUGGCGCUGGUUUAGAGAUACCGUGCUGCAAUUGCCGGUUGUAGGGUUAUGGUUCUUGUCGAAGGUGAAGAAUGGGAGUGGAAUGGGCUGGCUGAUGUCUGAGGCUGAUCGGCAGGUUGAAGAGGGGAGGAAAUAUUUAUGCAGUAAUACGUUUGAGGUUUUUGGCUGCCUCGAAGCCCGUUUCUCCGAUGGUUCGCCUCCCACGGCGAGCCAGAAGCGCGCACAUGUCACCCUCCUCAUUCAAGCCGGCGCAGACACAACAGAUACAGCAAUGGGCUGCACACUACGUUUCCUCGUCACGAAUCCUAGCGCUCUAGCUAAAGCGCGCAAAGAGAUUGCCAGAGUUGAUAAAGCCAACCUUCUCUCCACGCCCGACCAAUCCGAAGAAACACGUCAACACCUUCCUUACUAUGUAGCCUGCAUCAAAGAAGGUCUGCGACUGUAG